AUGGGUGAGCAGGCAAACCUGUUGUUACUGGUCCCUUCUGACCGCUACCUGACAGAACAGAGUCUGAACCACCCAGCCUUCCAGCCCCUCCGCCUCCUGGAGCAGCCCGCCCCAGCACCACCCUCCCCUAACCCCCCACGCUCCUCCAAGAGGAAGCCCCACAGCCACAUGGAGAACACUGUGCCCACCAGAAGCCACGGCAGUAAGAGCUCGGGUCACCGUCACUCUAACAGUAAGGAAUGUUCUAGCCUACCUCGCCAUGGCGACCUUCACCUAGGCAACGACAGCUUCCUGAACGGCAACAAGCCUGUGUCGUCCAGCCUGAGCCCCACCCUCCACCCCAAGGCUUACAUGACCCAGACCCUCAACCGCUCCAUCACCUGUAGUAAGGACUUGGUCAACAACAACAUGCCACACCUGCUCAGCCCCAAGGACACCAAGGGCACGACACAGUUUGACUUCAACCUGGUUGGUGUUGGGCCCCCAGGAGCCAAGGCUCCUGACCAGCAGGGCCCUGGAGCCAUGUACGUGAAGUCCACCUCCCGCUCUCAGCAGCAGCAACAGCAAGUAGGGCAGGGACGACACUCUUCCUUUCUGGAGGGCAAGACCAAUACCAUGGAGAAACAACAUGGCCGCCAUGGUGGACACAACAUAGACUCCACCCACAGCUCCUCCAAGAGUUCCAGCUCCUACCUGAGCCUGUCCAAGAGCCACAGCGCCUUGAGCAACAAUGCCAAGUCUGUGGGUGGUAACCUUGGAGAUGGGGUGAGGGGCGUGCACCCUGACGACCCUACGGCAACCCCUGGAAUCUCCGCCCGCUUCUUCCCUGCCAGCUGUCUGGACCUGAACCUCAAUGCCCCCCCUGGAAGUCCCCAGGUCCCCCGCCACAGCGAACGCCACUCUUCUGGCCACGCCCCCCCUGGAAGUCCCCAGGUCCCCCGCCACAGCGAACGUCACUCUUCUGGCCACGCCCCCCCUGGAAGUCCCCAGGCCCCCCGCCACAGCGAACGACACUCUUCUGGCCACGCCCCCCCUGGAAGUCCCCAGGUCCCCCGCCACAGCGAACGCCACACUUCUGGCCACACAUCCAGCCACACCGGCCACUCCUCCGGCCACAGCCCCUCGUCCCGCGGCAACAACCCCCGUCUGGAGAGCUCCACCCUGGACUCAUCCUGCCGACGCGCCUCCUCUUCCAGACACAAAGCUCCAGAGGAGGCCUUGGCCCCGGGCCCGGAGCUUCUUGACCCAGGAGGAGAAGGGGAUGGUGGGGGGAACCACGGAGCUCACACCCUGGCCUCCCCCCAUGAGUCCUACCCCUACGGCCUGGGCUACACCAGUCCCUUCUCUUCCCAGCAGAGGCCUCACCGCCACUCCAUGUACGUGAGGAGGAGUGAGCGCCACAGGUCCCACGGAGGUGGGGGUGGAGGGGGUAGUGAGGGGGGCUUAAUGGUGGGUCAGGGGUUGCCCACCAGGGCUAGCAGUCUGCAGAUGCUCUCCCCCCAGCUUCAGCACCGCACCCUCACCAGACACCCCGUAGGACACUCUGUGGGAUCGUCCAGAGAGGACUGCACUGAAGACACGACCAGGAGUGAGCCGUCUUCUAAAGAGGUGGUGACCUCUCACCCCCGACCCCAGAUUAAAGACUCCACGCGGGACAACCCGGCCUCCUUUCACUCACAACGCCCUGCUAAGAACGAGGUACCAGUGGGGAUGUACCAUGAGCCCCACCCCGAGGACCCAGUCUCCUCCAAGGAGAACCGCAUGAUCUUCAGUGACUCCAUGCCCAGACGGGUAGGAAGCUUCUACAGAGUGCCCUCUCCCAGGCCAGACAACUCCUCGUCCUUCCAUGAUAGUGGGGCUCAGAGGGAGAGCAGAGGACCGCCGGUGCCAGGGGACCCAGGUGUCAUGAACAACCACUCCAAACGCCAGACUGCCUUUGACUGGAGUACUGCAGAGGCAAUGGUGAUGAACCAACCAGAGCCGGCCAAAGAGAAGGAGAAACAGGGCUUCUUCAGAUCGAUGAAGAAGAAGAAGAAGAAACCGACCAAUACCACAGACAGAGUCGACGAUGGAAGGAACCCCCGCAUCAAGAAAGGCCUUUUCCCUCUGUUUAACUCAAAGAAUAGCUUAAAGCAUACUUCCUCUCAGAAAGCUCUUCCCGUAGUGCCCUCGCCCAUGCUGCAGCAUCAGUCUACCGCACCCUACUCUACCUCACCAGUUCCUGGUGAUGGCCAGGACAACCUGUUUAUCCAGAAGGGGGCCAAGUCCUCGUCUUCCUCUCACCACGGCAGCCGGAGGAAGAAUCGCGAACGCUCCCGGGAUAAGGACCGCGAACGCGAGCAGAGCCGAGAUCGCGACAGAGAAAGAGAGCGAGAGAGGGAGAGAGGGAGACAGAGAGAGAGAGUCAGUGACUGGCCUCAGGAGAAACAGAACCAACCCCUGAAGUCCCUACGCAGGCUCCUGCACCUCUCCCCUUCCUCCUCUUCCAGCCAACCCCCUCCUCCUUCCGACCUGCGAUUCCAGCACCUCCCCAACCCCCCCACCUCCUCCUCUAAAGGGGGAGUGUUCAUCGACGGGAGAGGUGACGGUAGGUCCCACCAGGGACACCCUAGCAGCAGCAGCUCCAGCUCUGGUCAGUCUAAGAGCCACAGGAAGCAGAGUUACCCCCUCCCGGGGCAGAUACAGGGGCAGAUGGAGUCCAACUGGCACGCGGCGGCCCUCGCCAGGGCAGAAGGGGCUCAGCCGUACCCCGACCAAAUGGUCGCCAACGGGCCCACCUUUACCAGACCGUCAAGGUCACGGAUGCCAAACCUCAACGACCUGAAAGAGACAGCCCUGUGAGGAGAACAUGGAAUUAGAAUUCUACCACAUGGAAUUAGAAUUCUACCACAUGGAAUUAGAAUUCUACCACAUGGAAUUAGAAUUCUACCACAUGGAAUUAGAAUUCUACCACAUGGAAUUAGAAUUCUACCACCCAUUGACUUGAAUGGGGAUGUCCAUUCUAGGAAAAAAUGUCUAUGGAGGAGACGUCUCUCUGCCCUCAAGGGUCGUCAUGUUGAUUAGGCACCAAAAUGGAACAAAACAGACUGAAGCAGGGAGUGACAAGAUGGACUACUGUCCGAUAAGAAACGCUUAUUUUUUUGUGGUGCGUUGCGAAGCGUUUUGUAACGUUUUCAAUUGUGUGCCCUAAUGAAUAGGACUCUGGGCUCUCACUACUGCCGCCUGCUGGCCGCCAGACUCACCAAUGACUAUAGAGUUCAGAAGGUUAUACUGUAUCUCUCUAAGUUCAGGACUAUAGGACUGGGAGGUGGGUUGACUGGCUGUAAAAAAUCGGACCUUUUUUGAUGCUUCAAACAUUUGAUAGAAUUUGUAUUGAUAUUAUAUUAUAUUAUAUUAUAUUAUAUUAUAUUAUAUUAUUCAUGACAUUCCUUUUUAUUUAACGAUACGUAGGCCUAAAUGGAGAUUUAAUAAGUAUUGUAGAAUUAAUAAUUGUGUAAUAUUGCAAGAGCUUUAAAAAUAAAUGUAAAAAAGAUGAUAAGAUUCUAACUAUAUAUAAUAAUAAUAAUAAUUCAAUAUUUCAUCCAAAAAGAUUUAAUUGUGGAGGUUUUUCAGAAGGUCUAUUUCUUGUUGUCACAGUACAGCCUGUUUGUUCUGUUCGUUUACUUAGUCUCUUUAAUAUAUUUAUUUGAUCUGAUUUGACACAGAGUUAUGGAGAUAUACGUACGACAGAUGGACAAAGACAAAUGAUAUAAUGUUAUAAUGUAUGAUAAAAUAAUGCGAUACCUA